AUGGACGUGGUUUUGCUGCUGGAAGCCUCGUUGCCACUUCAGAGAUCGGGGGAGGCAAUCUUGAGGACAUUGCCAAAGUCCUGGCUUGAUAUCACCGGGAACAACACAGCACUCGGGACGCGGUGCUUGUUUGCCUCACGGCGCCAUGAGAACUCGGUCUUGGCACCAGUGCUUGUCGUCGGCCAGAUUCCCGCCGCUGCCAAAGAAUGGCAGAUGGAAAUGGUACCGUCUGAGAGCUUUAUCUCCAAAGUUGACCAGCAGGAGCAGCAGAUUUGGGCGGUCAACAUCCACCCAGAGAAGGAGCUGCUCCGUGUGAUGGUGCGACCAGGUGCAUUGCUGCUCCGCAUGCUUCGCCGCGGGGCUUUGCUGCCGGCUGCACGAUUUGUGUGGCGCCUGCAGGAUUCUCAUGCCGAGGAAGAGGCCAAGGCUCCUUCGGCCUCCGUGGGCGAGUUUUCCAUCCUGAGCAACCUGGAGGAUCCCGCCACGACGCAGCCACCCCACUUUGUGGAGCACCCCCUGCGCCGGGAGCAGUUGCGAUCCUUGGGCUGGAUGCUGAACCAGGAGCGACCAGAGAAGGAGGCCUUUGCCACGGAGCUUCGAGACACGGAGCUCUGUCCAGAUGCAGCCCACUGGCGCUUGGAAGGCAGCUUGCGGUGCGAAUACCUUGGAGUCCGCGGUGGUGUCUUGGCUGAUGCCAUCGGCUACGGCAAGACGGCAUGCACCAUUGGUUUGAUCGACAAGACCAAGGACGUUCAGCCAGACCUUGUAUCGGACCUGGCUGUUUGGAAGCCAGAGCAACCCAAAACCGGAUUGACCGAUGACCUCCCCAUGCCUCGGGUGCCCAUGCCGUAUCGAGGAUUCGUUCCCAGUCGUGCCACUCUGGUGCUGGCUCCCAGCAACUUGCAGCGCCAGUUCACAGGCCCUGCCUUCAACGUCUUGUCGGUGCCUACUUGUACCCAGCUCAAGAGAUUGAGCAUGAGUCUUGGCAGUGCCUACCUUCAACACCGUCAACACCUAAGGAAAGACCUGGCGGAGGCUGACGUGGUUGUGGCCACAUAUAGGCUUUUCUAUUCUGCAGCCUACUUGGAGCGUCUGGAGGAGCUUGCGCGCGAAAGCCUAUUGGGCUUCACAUUUCCCAAGAAGGGAGACGCCGGAAGCUUUGCGGGCGCUCUUCCUUCGUGUCAGGCCUAUCGCCAAGCCUUCGAGGCCUUACCCACCUGGUCGGCGCGACGCUUGGGCUUGGAGGCGGACGAAGCCGUGAUGAGACGCGAUCUGCAAGAGCUGCAAGAGUCGAGUUUCACCUUGCACCACGACCUGCAGGAGCCUAUGACCCUUGACCAGCAGCACUUCGUACCUUUGGAGGCCUUCUGGUGGCGCCGCGUGGUGUGCGACGAGUUCCACGAGUUGCUGACGCCACGUUAUGCCCCAGCGCAGGUGGCGGUGGAACUCUUUCAUGGCGACUUCAAGUGGCUCACCGCAGAUGGGAGACGAGAAGGGUGGAGAAGGGAACACCCCAAUGCGCUCUCAGUGAAGGAAAUUGGAAGAUUUGACAUGACAUGA